AUUACAGAAGGUACGAGCAUCAGGUGUAUGUAUCUUAAGAGAUAAGGGAUAUACGUAUUCAAAAGACAAGUCGCACCAAACAUCAGCAGGCUUUAUAUAGCUCCAUCUUCCAACGCUGCCACAGAUUCCCCCUGCUCUUUGAGUUUCCAGUGAAGCAAUGACUUUAACAAAGACAUACAGUUUGCUAGUGAUAUUGUGCAGUGUCUUUAUUAGUGGAGGCAUUUACGUUCUCAAAGCCAAUGAAGAGCCCGACGCUCGUUUAUCGAAGCCAGUUGUCGAUUCUCCAAACAGCAUCAGUUAUGGUCAGUCGAAGCAUCGGACGCCAAAUGUAAACAAUGGAACUGAUGCCGAUUCUUCUUCUUCUUCCAGUAACUGUAGUAAUAUUCUAAGCCCCGGACUUAUUGAAGAGAUCAGAGGAUAUAAAAAAACUGUGGACCAGAUCAUUAAUUACAUUACCCGCGGGGAAUAUAAGGGAAAGGCUUACGAUUUUCUUGCAGCCCUGGUCGAUACCUACGGACCUAGAAUUACCGGUUCUGGAAUGCUGGAAGCGGCUAUCGAUCACAUGCUGGAAGCCUCCCGCGCCGAGGGUCUGGAAAAUGUUCGCACGGAGGACGUUGUCGUUCCUCACUGGGAAAGAAACAACGAGUCGGCUUGGAUGGUCUUACCUCGUCUUCACAAGUUGAACUUCCUCGGUCUGGGCAGCUCGGUAGGAACUCCCAGGGAGGGCAUCAAAGCGCCUGCGUUAGUCGUCAAGGACUUCCAGGAACUGGAAGAGAAUGCACAUCUCGCCAAAGGGAAAAUCGUGGUUUACAAUCCAGAAUGGGUAUCCUAUGGAGACACUGUACAAUACAGAACAGCAGGAGCCUCAAAGGCUGCCGAAGUAGGGGCUGUGGCGUCCCUGACCCGUUCGGUGACUCCAUUCUCGAUUGAUUCCCCCCACACGGGGCAGCAGUUUUACUCUUCCGAAGUCAAAAUACCAACAGGUUGUAUCACCGUCGAAGACGCUGCUAUGCUGGCAAGGAUGCAAGAAAGAGGGGAAACCAUUGAAAUCCUCCUGAAGAUGGGAGCCGUUAACUACCCCGACACGACGUCUCGAAACACCAUCGCUGAGGUGACAGGCUCCGAGUCUCCUCAGGAGGUUGUUGUGGUGUCGGGACACCUAGACUCAUGGGAUGUGGGACAGGGUGCUAUGGAUGACGGAGGUGGCGUCACCAUCUCGUGGAACGCAGCCGUGGUGCUCAGAAAGCUCGGACUGCGGCCAAGGAGGACACUGCGUGUCAUACUGUGGACGGGAGAGGAGCAGGGGUUAAUCGGCGGACAGGCUUAUUACCACCAACAUGUCGCCGACAAAGACAAUUAUCAGAUGCUAAUGGAAUCAGACAUUGGAACGUUCAACCCGCUAGGACUGGCCUUCAGCGGCAAUGAGGAGGCUACGUGUAUCAUCCAAGAAAUUAUGAGUCUCCUGGAACCUCUCAAUACCACUAAGAUUGUUAGCCCUAUGGAUGGCGGCCCUGACAUCGAAAUAUGGUCAAAAGCUGGUGUACCAACAGGUUCCCUCUACAACGCCAACUCUAACUACUACUGGUUCCAUCACUCCGACGGGGACACGAUGUCCGUCGAGGAUCCGGACACCUUAGACAGGUGCCUCGCCCUGUGGACAUCGGUUGCCUACGUCACUGCCGACAUAUCUCGGAGGUUGCCCCAUGAGAGCGCCCACGACGAACUGUGACGUGGGUUGUCACUUAAACACUUCGCGAACUGAGAUGCGUAGUUGUAAACAGUAGCAAACUCAUUUUCGCUCACGGUUAAUAGAUUGGGUUCUGCCAUACGAUACAAAGUUGACGUGACUUUUUUAUUGGAGAUGCUUACAUGGUGACGUAUAGGUUGCACUCUUUGUGUAUUUAAUCUCUCAACGUAAAAUUUAUUAGGUAUGGUUAUUAUGGUAAGUCAGUGUAUUUGAUUUAAAUAAAAGUACUUAUGGGUUGCGGGUGAAGGUUUUCCCAUAGUCCAUUUUUACCAUUUCAGAUGAACUUUUGAAAUGAAAAAAGGAAAAAAUAGGAAGAAAAAAUCCGUUUGUCUUAAUUGUAAACCUUGGUUUUUUUCUUCUUUUUAUUCGGGUAAUUUUUUCUUUCAUUCUUUGUUAAAAAUAUGUCGAGUCUAUUCAUUUAAAUCUGUUAAAAAAAUCGUAACGUUUUAUCAUUUUUAAAACAAGAGUUUGCACUUUCUUCUUCAUUGUAGUACAUAAGUUUUGCUGAUUUUACAAUCUUUACACGCUAUAUUUCUCUCUUUUUGACUUGCGUAAGACACUACAGCGCAAAUAAAGUUCAAAAGUA